UUGCUUCACUGCACAGACCGUUGGCACCUCCCGUGCGGGCUGCGUGUGAUCUUUCGGUGAACUGUUCGAAAGUAGCGAUUGCGCUCCAAGGACAACGGUCCUCGCACCCCUUUUGCUGUCAGUUCGUUGACAUCGUUUCACCUUCAGAAGUUACAAACACGAUUGCAUCGGCCUCGCGACCUGAAGUGUGUUCUGCUACGUUGCUACUGUGAACAAACAUCGAGUGGCUCGAACAGGCACACGUCAACGCCUCUCAGUUUAACGUGGUGCUGAUCGUCGGCAGGAGCGAUGUACUGUAAGGCUGGGUGACUUGGGUCUUUGGUGGUGGCAUAACGUAAUCAGCCAGCGUAAAUUGACGUCAGAAACGCAAACUGGACAGAAGACUUCAAGCGAUCUGAAAGCUGAAUAUUUCUUUUUAGAGACUUGAAGCGCGAGCUCUGAAGGAGUCUCUCAGGGAUGACUCAGACGUGAAACAAACUCACGUGGGGAGUUCUUGCUUUACGGAACACGUACGACUGGCCUUUUAAUUCACACUUUCAGCAUGGAACAAGCAUCUCUCAGUGGAAAGGCUAGCGGUGGUACUUCGAAUGAGCCAGUGAUCGAACUCGAAAGUGAGAAUAUAGCUGCGGCAGCACGUGACAAACCCGAAGGACAAAAACCAUCGCAAGUCCCUGCGCGCAGUGGUCGCCUUGGCCACGAGGUCAAGCGCAACGCGCAGGAGCACACCUGUCCGUACUGCCUUCACCCGUUUGUCCACCUCUCCAACUACCGAAAGCACAUCCGCGAAGCAUGCCUCUUGAAGAAGAAGAAGAACAAGCGAAUCGGAGACUGCAACGAAGCGGUGAUUAGCACAAGGACACCUGGCGCAGAUGAUUGUCGUUCUUUUGAAAGAGCAGAUUGCUCUUCUGCAACGAGUGUGUCCCUUAAAGAGCCGGUUGAGAAUUCAGUCAUCAACAUGCUUAGAAACCAAUCAAAACAGGCUGAACUGAUUCGAACCCAGGUGGCUGCAGCCAAAGAUCAACCCCGUGGGGCCACCAACCAAUCGCCACCGAAUUUCAUGACUUUCUCAUGCACAGUGUGCCACAAAAUAUUCCUCUCCUACGUCAAAAUGCUGCAGCACCGUCUUUCACACAAGCUUCAAACAGACGAGCCGUCGGAGAAAAUAGAUGUGCCUGAUGAAGCAGCUGACAAAGAAGCAUCUUCAGCAGCCACAGCGAGACACAGUUUUGCUAGUGGGGCACAAACUGACCAUGGGACUGCACCUGCAGUACAGACAGGGAAGUGCAUCAACAGUAUUCUUAUAGAUACACAAGACUGUGAAGUUGUGGAGAACACAGUUCAGGAGGAACUCCAGAGUGAAGACCCAGACUGCAUCAUAACUCUAGCUGAGCUAGACAGUCUUCCUGAUGAUGAUGAUGAUGAUGGUGAUGAUGAUUCUUCAAGCCUUCUUGAAAAGAAGCCUUCGCAAAGCAGCCCUCAAAAUAAAACGAAGGCAGCUCGUGCAAUCAAGAAGUGUAGUCGAGGCAAGAGGAGGCCAAGAAACAAGCCCACUUCAUCCAAGGAUAUAGCGCAGAGCAAAAUUUCUGGCAGAGUGCUGAAAACCACUUCCCGGCGCCAACAUUAACGGUGCUGAAUGAAGGUGGCUGUUUUCUACUAUGUAUAUUUUUAAACAGAUAACUUAAGGAUGUAUUUGGUGUGGCUAUAUGUUGAUUGCUCUGCAGCCAACCAGGACUUCCCCAAUUACAUUGCAAUGUCUGUUAACUGUUAAGGGAUACUUUUUGGACCCUCGUUUGCUGGUCUAGUGGUGUAACGCUUCUGAAUCAAUAGUGGAUGUGCUGCUAUGGAAUGUAUGGGGCAUUUGUAUAAAUCACAGUUUGGUGUUACAGAGUUUUCCUUAGAAAAAUGUUUUUCUAUCAAGAAAUGUUAGCAAGUGAAAACAAUUUCACAUAGGUUUGCUCUUUUUUUUUCCCCAUUUGGGUAUUGCUUUCUGCUUGAAGGGACACCAAAGUGGAGCCCCUUAAUCACUUUAUACUGAAAGGUUAUUUCUAGUUGAUUUUGCCAUCAUAGGUACAUUAUUAGAAGAAAAUGGAUUUCAAAGCUUCAGUUUCAAAUUUUAACACGAUAGCAUUAAAUAGCUCACUUUGCUGCAAUCCCGGUGUUGGCGUCAUUGGCUAUGAGCCAAAAAUCAUCUUGUGCAUGACCUAAAAACUUGAUGAAGGUGCAAAUAAUGUAAAUAGUAAAAAAUUACGUGUCCCAGUGAAGAUUGAACCCGGGUAGUUUGCGAGGCAAACAGGUGUUCUACCACACAGCCAUGCGUCAGCUUGGAAAUGCAGUGAAAACAAAUUCCUCUGCUUGUAAAUGCAGGCAAAGUAACUUUUAAUACAAUACAAACACACAUGUCCUAUAUACAUGCUUCACAACACAACAUUAAUUAUUGCAGUAAUUAUGGGUGAUACAAACAUACAUUGCUAUUGGGCAUCAGAACAUGUGAUUAUCAUAUUAACUGCAUGGUUCAAUGCUGGCCUCCCACUACAAAGUCACACACAUUAUGGCACCUAUUCCUUUAAGGCCACCUAGCAGGUGCGUAGCAAGUUUGAAUAGAUUAAUUCUGUGUAAUGGUACCCAUUACACAGAAUGCGUUAAGUACACACAGGAUAUCGGGAUCAUGUUCAACUCUUAAGGUGGAGCCUAAGGGUCCCCCAAUUUUCAUACCAAACUUGACUGCCUUUUUGAUGUUGAAAUGAAAGAUAAAUAGGUCGACGGGCGUUUCUGUUGCACACAUUGCAACAGACGUAUUGCAAUCCGAGGAAAGACCUGGCAUUGUAAUUUUCUCUGAACAUGACUGGUCUUUUUCAUUCUGGAUGCCUGAUUUUCUUCCUGUAUUUUUUGCUGAAUUCAUGGUAAUAAUAUUAGCUUUUCACAAGGCGCUUCAAUUACAGUAGCAAAAGUUACAACUUACUCAUUAUGUGCUUUACUUUAUCCGCAUCCAGUGAUGCGCUUAAACUGAAGCUCUUAAAAUUACUAGUUCCCACUCAUCCACAGUUUGUUCAUUCAAUUUGGGUUCCUGGCUAUGGAUGUUUGUAAUUCAAUAAAAUGGCAGAAUCUCUUGCAAGGACGCCAUUUUUUGCGCUGAUCAUCUGUGUUUCUCCACUAACAGCACGCAUCACGACUGGUGACAUGUUGCACACUUACAUUCCGGAAAAGGUUAUCAUACUUAGUAUCGACUGUUGCUCCGGAGUACAAAUACCUUUCUGGCACGGUAAUUUAUCUAAUUCUAUGAUCAUAGUAGCCAUUGCCAUCACAAAAUUUCGUUGCUGUGUUGGUUCCCUCAGUUUUUACUUGCAUAGAUCAGCUUUGGCCACUUCCCCUCUGUGCCUCGUCUGCAAUCGGGAGGAAAUGGUUGUUCAUUACUUUCUAUCAUGUGUGGCCGAUGCACUACAUUAAGAAAAAGAAUUUCCGAACUUCAUCUUCGAAAGCUGUGCCUGGAAUUGUCAGAACCGGUCAUUGUUUAUUUUGGUGCCACUGCUAUGGGAUAUGACCAUAGGGGUGUUUUCUUCACCAUUGAGGAAUUUGUCAUUGGUACUAAAAGAAUAUCUUGCUAAACUCCGCAGGCUUUCAUUAUGUUAUAAUUGCUAAUUGGUACUUCAAAUUAAUAGAAUAACUAACCACCACAUCUAGGAAUUAUACACUACAGAAAAUAUUGACAAAAUUCACCUGCUAUUUGGUCAAUUCCUUGCAAUGUCUACCUAUGUGCCAUGCCUGGAGGACGGAAAAAAACCACCUAAUCAAAUCAGUAGGUGGGGGCCAAACUCACAACCUUUCGAUUCGUAUCCUGUAGGUUCGGUCCCCACCGGUGGCUAGUACUGCUUUCAUCUUCUUUAAUUCCUUUCUAUCUGUACUAUAAUUACCACACUACAGUUAAAAACUACUAGUGCAUUCUAUGAUGUCAGCUGUGACAUUGCUGGCACCUUGGCUUUAUUAGAUUGUGAUGCCAAGGACUUUAGAUACAGUGUCAUAAUUUAACAAGUCUGAUAUAAUAAACUUGCUACACCAAGUGUUGCUGCACAAUGUAAAUAAUUUUAUAGACAGAAUUAUGUAGGUCCUAGGAGAUGCCAUCAAAAUCUGUGACAUCACGAGUUGUGGGAAUUGCAAGGCAGCUCUGCCACCUGUGCCUUCUUCUUCUUGCAUGUUUUGUCACUUGACACACUCCUUCUAGCAGCAAGAGUAGUGUUUAUUGUGAAGACGUAAUAUGAAAAAAUGCAUUCUUCUCUUCAGUGUCCCUUUUAAGUAUAAGAAAGAGGCGUGCCAUAUCAGAGUUGAUUAUUAAAUCAUUUUCCAAAUGAAGCAAAUGCACAAGCUGCAUUUCCAGUGCACUUAAAAUAUUUGUUUGUCAGAUUCGCAGAAGCAUUUAAACUCACAGAAACAACAGAGAACUUGCGUUCAGAAAUGCUGACAUAUAGUUUUUGUGAAGGCGGUUAGAUAGGCGCCGAGGAAGACGACGUGAUUUUGGUGUAGGGCACAGCUCUUGUUCUCCAUCUUGGCUUGCGCGUUGGCGCUGUGUAAAUAUAUCUUCAAACGCUUAGUUUCCCGUGUGCCUUCACGUAACAAUAUCUUCAAUUUGCAGAAGGUGCUACAAGAUCCUUGUGCAAAAGAUGAUGGCAUACACAUGAUUUAUUCUGACACUAAUGUUGAUCUCCAAAUGAUAUGCCAAGCAUCAUUCACAUGAUGACAUCAUUAUGCAGUAAUAUUUGUUGACAUCACACAGCUAUUGUGGAAUUUAUUGUGCUGUGUUACUACUCUCUGGUGUUGACGUUGUAUCAUUGGGCAAGGUUAGCUCGCUGUACUGUGAUGCUUUGUGGUAUUGGUACUAGAGAGAUUAGUCAUUUAAGGAACUUUGAUGGCAGUGAGUCUUACAAUCAUUCAUUCUAUGGUUUAAAUGGUUUGGAAUUUAAUUAAGAUAAAUUACCAGUUUAGCAUAAUACAGAGUAGAUGUCGUGCCUUUCAUUGCCUCUGCAGUCAUUAGCUGUCACUACCUCAAAAUGCCUUGUGCAAUUCUUCUGCUUUGUUUCUGAAACAUUACACCCCACUGCUUCCAGUGCCUCCACUGCUAAUCAUUAUGUCGAUUUGCCCUUUUCAUGACUUCAUUUCUGGAGCUGUACAAAUUCCUUCUGCAAGUCAUUGUAGCUAUAUGAUUUCGAGAUUCUUCGCAAAAGAGAAACACAUGUGUGCUGUGCCUUACAAAAAUCUUGUCCGACAUGUGCAGAUAAGCACAUUAACAAAUCUUGUGGUUGUACUGACUGUAGACUUUUGCAUAUGAAAGUAGUUUUCUUGUUCUAGUGAUGUUAACGUAUACUGCAUAUAUAAUGCACCCAUUAUAGUGUUUUGCUGUACCUUGAGCCUGUAUAGAAGAGGUGUGAGUGAAUGUUUUUUGUGCAUUAUUUUUGGUCUACAGAUUCCGAGCUAAUCACGAAAAAAAAAAAAAGGAAGGCCUGCUUGCUCAUUACUUAUGUGCUUAGAUAGAGUACACUGAAAAUAAUUUUUGUACUAUGACUUGACUGUGGACAUUUCUAGCAGUCCGACUGAAUAAGGGACUAAACACUAUUCACACAAUUUCAAGAAUCUGUGCAAGCAUCCCUGCACUUUGCUCAUAGUCAUCAUUGAUGCCUGAUUGGUGCUAACAUGGCUUCUUGUUUUGACCCUAACAUUUACUUGCCUCAAGUAGGGCUUGGUAAUUUGUAAAAGCUAGUAACAAAUGGCUGGUUUUGAGGAGAUCUGGUGGUUGCAUUCAUUCGCAUUGUAGGAUAAUUGAGGCACCAAUAAUAUUCUUUUCUUGGUAUUUUUUAGGUAUUUUGUACUCGGAACAUAGGGAGGCUUGCACUGUACCAGGAAGUGUUCUUCUGGUCUAUGUGGUGUAAUGACACAGAUGUUCAAACUGCAGUCUAUGAUCUGUGUUAGCACUUUGACUUCAUGUGCUGCAGUCUGCAGUUGGAGUGGAGUAGUUGUUAUUAUUGUUUGCUGAGAAUGCUAUAGCUUACAAGUGCAAUACACUCUUAACAGAUACAGUGCAAGACUUGGGGUCAUGUGAUACUGCGUAGCAAAUGUGCGCAAGUAUGCUUAGUGUUCCACAUUAAAGAAGUGUGUAAGGGGAGGGGGGCACAGCUUGACAGCAGCUCACGUCAUUCGGCAACCAUCUGAAAGUAAAAAUAGCUCACUUGAAAAAACUGCAUGCUUUUUUUUCUGCAAAACAUAAAAUUCAAUUCGUAUAUUUGCUAAAGUUGCUAUGCUACACAUUUGAGCCACAGUAAGCGUUUUCCUAAAGUGGCAUCUAACACUGUUUUACAUGCAGUCAUUAUCUUCAGGGCUCUCUGUCAUCACUUCAACUGAGAUGGCCAUGUUCUGUGGAGCAAUGUAAUAAAUAUUUCUAGGCCAAACUUGUGGUACCUAGGCAGUUAAUGCACAAAUGAUUAAAUGAUCAGGUUAAUAACUAUAUCAUGAGUGAUGAAGUUUGUACAAAGGCAUUAUAUUUAUUACAGAGGCAUAUGCUUUGAACUUGUUGGUAUGACAUAAGUAAUCAUACAGCACAGACAGGAUAGGAUGACCAGUUUGAGACAAGUCUGCACAAAGCUUUCAAUUCCAAGUCUUAUUUGGCAAACAUGCAAAGAGAAUUAUUGUUUGCAAGUAAACUGUGGUAGCAGCAAACCAUUCUACUGAAGUGAAGUGUUUUCAUUUCUAAUGAAUUACAAUUCUUUAGCGAAGUGCAUUCAAAAUGUAUAACAUAGGCAUCCAAAUGUGCACUAUUUUUGUCUUGACGGUUUGUUUGUGCAAAGUGAUUUCAAUUGUCACUCUUAAUAGUGCUUUGUUUUGACAUAGGUAGACAACUCCAUGCGAUGAGUUGACAGACAGCCGCUGUUUGUAUGCUUGAAAUCUAUAGUAGUCUUGUGUCUCAUUGUAAUCUUAGCAAAUGGGGCAAUGGCCACACAGCCCAAAAUGGCAAAUAUAAGCUGUAAUGGGCGUGCAUUGUACACGGUGUUUUGCAUGCACAAAUUUUAUGAUGUUUCACGUCAGCACUAUAUGAUAUGCACUAUGGUUGCUCGCACUGCAAGUAGGCUCUUGCUUGGCACUAAAAAAACAACAAAAACAGCCGUUCACUCUAUGCGUAGACAAUAUUCAUAGGAAGCUUGUGUAGCUCUCGGGUUAUUAGCUCGAAGUCUUCUAAAGCUUUUGCUAUCUUUCUGCUACAAACCUGGCUAAAACUGAUAAGGUAGUCAGGCUACUUUUGCUCUACUGCUAAUCACAAAUGGGUCGAAUUCCCAUGAGUCAGAUUUCACGUGUUAGUCAGUGGAGUCAAAUGCGAAAACACAAGUGUACUUGUGUAAUAGAAUCCUUAGUGGUAAAAAUUAAUCUGGUGUCCCCAUAUAUGGUUUUACAUGUACUCAUAACAUGCCUUUGGCACACAAAACCCCAGGCUUUUUUUGUUUUAAUGCAAAAGUACAUGUGUGUUAGAACACACAUGUACUUUUGCAAAUUGCACAUUUGCAAAAUGCAUUUGCAAAGCAAAUGUGCAUGUGUACACAUUUGCUUUUGCAUUUGCAAAAGCAAAUGUGUACACAUGUACACAUUUGUUUUUUGUGUGUCUCUUUGUUUGGCUACAAACUAUACAGAUAAUGUAUCAGUAGAUCAUGAACACAAACAGUUUGCUGUAACUAUUUCUUUCCGUACAUAAAUUCACUUCUAUCAAAGAAUGGUGGCACCUAACAGAAACUCAUUUCGUGGUGUGAGGCUUGAAAUUUUCUGCUGUGUUUAAUGACACAGGGUAUGCAGAUUUUUUUUUGCGAUUUCUACCUUUACGUCUUUUGCUUCUUGACAGAUCAUACACGGUGAUGUUGGUAAACUUUUACAAUUGAAGUUGUGUUUCGAUCUUCAAGUAGUAUUCUGCUCUACACUGUCUAUUCCUGCUGCAUUAGUCUUCCAUCUAAGUAUGCACUGUAACUCUUUGGUGCUGCUGAGAAAAGUAAAUAAAAAUAUUAAUUUAACUUUCAUUUAAUCUUUUAGUAGGAGUAUUCAUCACUUGUACAACAGGUAGUGCUGCGCUUUUGUUGCUUAUUCGAGUGUAAGUGAAUACAGAAAAUUGUUGAUGGUAUAUGUGACCUUGUAUUGAUCACUUGUCAUUAAUUUAGGCUAUUGCAUUCCUUCUGGUAUAAUUGUCAUGGAGUUGUAUCUGUACACCCAUUGUAUUACUUCUUAUGCAAAAUGGAUGUCGCUCUGUACAUAAAAAUAAAGGCUAUAAGCACGUCGCCUCUUCGGAUGAUUUCAAAA